GCUCUUCCUCAUCCACACAGACCAGGCAGAGCUCAAGAGACACGGAACAAAAGGCCUACAGCACGACUCUGUAAAGAUGAAGAGCAGAAGACAUUGAUAAAGACAGCAAUGGGAGGAGUACUGUCUGUAACCAAGUCUGUACCAUCUGCAGCCAAUGAGACAGUGAUACCUGAACUCACACUUGUGUUAAUUGGUGACGCAAAUUCUAUUGAGAUUGGAUCAAAAAACAUCUUAAUUGACCAUGACGAGCAAACAAAUGUGGAACAGUUUUCAACCAAACUGUAUGAUUUGUGUGGUCGGCACAUUUCUGUCAUUAACAUGCUUGGUCUACAAAAUAUUGACAAAUUCCCAUUGAAUCAGGAAAUCCAUGCCUUUCUCUUACUGGUACCGCAUGGUCUACAUAGCAGCCAUUACAGUUCAGGAGUGCAGUGGUUAGAAAAAGCUUUUGGGAAAGAAUUACUUGCUUAUGUAAUGACAGUUGUGACUCAUGAGUCAGAUGAAAAAUGUGAAGGUGCAUUGACAGACCUGAAUGCCAACAGCAGUUUUGUUGAAAAAAGAUAUCACACAUGUACAAAAAGUAUGAAGGAUGAAAGAGAGAUAAUAGCUCUGCUGGAAAAAAUAGACAUCAUGGUCUCUGAAAAUGGUCACCACGGCUACAGUGGAGUGAUGUGUGCUGAAAAUAGAGGGAAGAAAGAACACCUGGACCACAAAUCCCCCAAAGAAGAGAGGAUCAAUACCUCAGUGUUUCAGCAAAAUCAAACAACUGCAGUAGAAGAUAUGGAGGUGGAUACAGCUGAAAUCAAGCAGGACUCACAGAAGACUGAUGACAGCACAGGGGGAAAGUCUGAAAUCAAGUCUGUAUCAUCUGCAACCAAGAAGAAAGGUAACUUAGAUAUGGAUACGAGUGGGAACAUGGAUAAGUCAUUGGAGAUUUCUGAAGAGAUCAACAGGAACAAACAAUAUCAAAGAGAAGCUGAAACACUGCUUGGCAGACUUCACCUUCAAGACAAACAACAACAGAAGUUGUCACCAGCAGAUUUUCUUAUUCAUUUAGGUCAAUGUGAUCCAGUGAAUGAACCUGAUGAUGUUGAACACUCAAAGAAUGAUGACAACAAAGGAGGAGAAUCUGAAAUCAAGCCUGUACAAUCUGCAACCACCGAGAAAGGUACCUUAGAUAUGGACACGAGUGGAAACAAGGAUAAGUGUGAUCCAGUGAAUGGACCUGGUGAUGAUGAACACUCAAAGAAUGAUGACAACAAAGGAGGAGAGUCUGAAAUCACGUCUGUAUCAUCUGCGAACAAUGAGAAAGGAGAUGAGCUGGAGGAGAGUGCAGCUGAAACAGAGGUAAAGUGUGGUCCAGUGAAUAGUGACGAACACUCAGACAAGGAUGACGACAGCACAAGAGUGGGAGGAGAGUCUGAAAUUGAAUCUGUAUCAUCAUCUGCAACCAAUGAGAAAGGAGAGGCUGAUGGAGUUAAAGAGCUCAGCAAUGAAAGCAGCAGUAACAUGAGUGAGCGGUCCAUGGAGGAGAUCGAUGCAGAGAAGGACACAACUUCAUCAUCUCAGACCGUUUCACCAGUUACCAAAGAACGAGACGAGCUGGAGGAGAGUUCAGCUGAAACAGAGGUAAAGUGUGAUCCAGUGAAUGGACCUGGUGAUGAUGAACACUCAAAGAAUGAUGACAACACAGGAGGACAGUCUGAAAUCACGUCUGUAUCAUCUGCAAACAAUGAGAAAGGAGACGAGCUGGAGGAGAGUGCAGCUGAAACAGAGGUGAAGUGUGGUCCAGUGAAUAGUGCCGAACACUCAGACAAGGAUGACGACAGCACAAGAGUGGGAGGAGAGUCUGAAAUCAAAUCUGUAUUAUCAUCUGCAACCAAUGAGAAAGGAGAGGCUGAUGGAGUUAAAGAGCUCAGCAAUGAAAGCAGCAGUAACAUGAGUGAGCGGUCCAUGGAGGAGAGUGAUGCAGAGAAGGACACAAGUUCAUCAUCUCAGACCGUUUCAACAGUUACCAAAGAACGAGAUGAGCUGGAGGAGAGUGCAGCUGAAACAGAGGUAAAGUGUGAUCCAGUGAAUGAAGCUGGUGAUGUUGAACACUCAAAGAAUGAUGACAACACAACAAUAGGAGGAGAAUCUGAAAUCAAGCCUGUACAAUCUGCAACCACUGAGAAAGGAGAGGCUGAUGGAGUUAAAGAGCUCAGCAAUGAAAGCAGCAGUAACAUGAGUGAGCGGUCCAUGGAGGAGAGUGAUGCAGAGAAGGACACAACUUCAUCAUCUCAGACCGUUUCAACAGUUACCAAAGAACCAGACGAGCUGGAGGAGAGUGCAGCUGAAACGGAGGUAAACUGUGGUCCAGUGAAUAGUGCCGAACACUCAGACAGGGAUGACGACAGCACAAGAGUGGGAGGAGAGUCUGAAAUCAAAUCUGUAUUAUCGUCUGCAACCAAUGAGAAAGGAGAGGCUGAUGGAGUUAAAGAGCUCAGCAAUGAAAGCAGCAGUAACAUGAGUGAGCGGUCCAUGGAGGAGAGUGAUGCAGAGAAGGACACAAGUUCAUCAUCUCAGACCGUUUCAACAGUUACCAAAGAACGAGACGAGCUGGAGGAGAGUGCAGCUGAAACGGAGGUAAACUGUGAUCCAGUGAAUGAACUUGGUGAUGUUGAACACUCAAAGAAUGAUGACAACGCAACAAUAGGAGGAGAAUCCGAAAUCAAGCCUGUACAAUCUGCAACCACUGAGAAAGGUACCUUAGAUAUGGAUACGAGUGGAAACAAGGAUAAGUGUGAUCCAGUGAAUGGACCUGGUGAUGAUGAACACUCAAAGAAUGAUGACAACACAGGAGGAGAGUCUGAAAUCACGUCUGUAUCAUCUGCAAACAAUGAGAACGGAGACAAGCUGGAGGAGAGUGCAGCUGAAACGGAAGUAAAGUGUGGUCCAGUGAAUAGUGACGAACACUCAGACAAGGAUGACGACAGCACAAGAGUGGGAGGAGAGUUUGAAAUCAAGUCUGUAUUAUCAUCUGCAACCAAUGAGAAAGGAGAGGCUGAUGGAGUUAAAGAGCUCAGCAAUGAAAGCAGCAGUAACAUGAGUGAGCGGUCCAUGGAGGAGAGUGAUGCAGAGAAGGACACAAGUUCAUCAUCUCAGACCGUUUCAACAGUUACCAAAGAACGAGACGAGCUGGAGGAGAGUGCAGCUGAAACAGAGAUAAAGUGUGAUCCAGUGAAUGAACCUGAUGAUGUUGCACACUCAAAGAAUGAUGACAACACAACAAUAGGAGGAGAAUCUGAAAUCAAGCCUGUACAAUCUGCAACCACUGAGAAAGGUACCUUAGAUAUGGAUACGAGGGGAAACAAGGAUAAGCAGUCAGUGGAGAUUUCUGAAGAGAUCAACAGGAAGAAACAAUAUCAAAGAGAAGCUAAAACACUGCUUGGCAGACUUCACCUUCAAGACAAACAACAACAGAAGUUGUCACCAGCAGAUUUUCUUAAAUGUGAUGCAGUGAAUGGACCUGGUGAUGAUGAACACUCAAAGAAUGAUGACAACACAGGAGGAGAGUCUGAAAUCACGUCUGUAUCAUCUGCGAACAAUGAGAAAGGAGACGAGCUGGAGGAGAGUGCAGCUGAAACAGAGGUAAAGUGUGGUCCAGUGAAUAGUGCCGAACACUCAGACAAGGAUGAUGACAGCAAAAGAGUGGGAGGAGAGUCUGAAAUCAAAUCUGUAUUAACAUCUGCAACCAAUGAGAAAGGAGAGGCUGAUGGAGUUAAAGAGCUCAGCAAUGAAAGCAGCAGUAACAUGAGUGAGCGGUCCAUGGAGGAGAGUGAUGCAGAGAAGGACACAAGUUCAUCAUCUCAGACCGUUUCAACAGUUACCAAAGAACGAGACGAGCUGGAGAAGAGUGCAGCUGAAACAGAGGUAAAGUGUGAUCCAGUGAAUGAACUUGGUGAUGUUGAACACUCAAAGAAUGAUGACAACACAACAAUAGGAGGAGAAUCUGAAAUCAAGCCUGUACAAUCUGCAACCACUGAGAAAGGUGCCUUAGAUACGAGUGGAAACAAGGAUAAGUGUGAGCCAGUGAGAGGACCUGGUGAUGAUGAACACUCAAAGAAUGAUGACAACACAGGAGGAGAGUCUGAAAUCCCGUCUGUAUCAUCUGCAAACAAUGAGAAAGGAGACGAGCUGGAGGAGAGUUCAGCUAAAACAGAGGUAAAGUGCGGUCCAGUGAAUAGUGCCGAACACUCAGACAAGGAUGAAGACAGCACAAGAGUGGGAGGAGAGUCUGAAAUCAAAUCUGUAUUAUCGUCUGCAACCAAUGAGAAAGGAGAGGCUGAUGGCGUUAAAGAGCUCAGCAAUGAAAGCAGCAGUAACAUGAGUGAGCGGUCCAUGGAGGAGAGUGAUGCAGAGAAGGACACAAGUUCAUCAUCUCAGACCGUUUCAACAGUUACCAAAGAACGAGACGAGCUGGAGGAGAGUGCAGCUGAAACAGAGGUAAAGUGUGAUCCAGUGAAUGAACUUGGUGAUGUUGAACACUCAAAGAAUGAUGACAACACAACAAUAGGAGGAGAAUCUGAAAUCAAGCCUGUACAAUCUGCAACCACUGAGAAAGGUAACUUAGAUAUGGAUACGAGUGGGAACAUGGAUAAGCAGUCAGUGGAGAUCAAAAGGAAGAAACCAUAUCAAAGAGAAGCUGAAACACUGCUUCAAAGACUUCACCUUCAAGACAAACAUCAACAGAAGUUGUCACCAGCAGAUUUUCUUAAAGUAGGUCCACCUGUGAAACAGGACCAUGACACAUCUGAGAAAGAUCUCGCUCUUACUUUUCUUCAGAGGUUGAUGAUGUUAGACUACAGAGCCAGAUAUAUUCCUGUAAAACAAGACAGUCCUGAGGUUAGCCAUUCAAAUCCUGUAGCAGAAUUUGACUCUGUUGACACAGAUGAUGAUGACUUGGAUGCUCUUUACAGCACCAGUGUAGAGUUUGACCAAUCAAAACUCAAGACUCAUGUGCAUCCAAUGGAUGUUCAAAUGGCAGUAUUUCACUGCUCAGACAGCUUCUUUAAGCAGAACAUGAUUACAAAGCUAUCACAAUGUCAGUACGCCUUACCUUUGCUUGUUCCUGACCCAGUCACAAUGGAUAUUGGCUGUCCUCUGUGGACAUUCAGAAAAAUAAGAAAAACAUGGAAGAUAACUGAAAUCAAAGACAAUUCAAACAUUGUCACCAUGAAGAGUAUGCCCAUCUGCAAAGCUGAGACACCCAUGGUGUCAUUUCUCCGCCUGGGUUCACUAUCUCUGUCUAAAUCUCAGCUGAUGAACUCUUUGAUCAACGACCGUCACAACACCUUCUUCCACAGAAACUGCCCAGGUAGCACCAAGUCUCGACAUCUGAUGGAUGGUGUGGCAGAGAUUGCCUGGUACUGCCCUGCUGGAAAACCCACUGAUGCCUUCACUGACUGCAUUGCCUUCUGUAAUCUUCAUGGUGAUGCUCUGUCCAUUGACAAACAGCGUAACAUACUGACUGACAGAUCUUCAGUCAAUGUUGUUCUUGUUCCAACUCUGGAAAAAGAUGAUAAAGGUACUGCAGUUAUCUCAGCCCUUUACAAGUCUCCGAAGCCUCUCAUUAUUCUCAUUGCUGAUAAAGAUUGUGGUGCUGUUGAGACAAAAAAGGGAAAAUACAAAGUGGGUCUAAAGGACAGAAGCCAGUCAGAUGUUUCUGAAGAACUGAAAAAAAUCAUUGGAAACAUUUUGUCUGGACCACAUGCAUCCUUCCAGCUUGAAACAAUGGAUGAGGUCUCUGGAAUCAGAGUGGAUGAAGAUGAUGAAGCCUGUCAAAAAGGAAAAGCUGCUGCUAUGAAAGUAGUAAACUUGCUUCAGGGGAUGGAUGUUUCAAAGAUCAAAGAUACAUUUCUCCCUUGUCAAGGCCAACUGUGGCAUGAGUGGUGCAAAAUAAACAAAGAACUGUAUCACCUGAAAGGAAACAUUGAGAAGGAGAAAUGUGAAAAGCAACAGAAAUUAAACCAAAAACGACAAAAACAACGCACUGCUUCCGGCAGUAAACUGAUGGAGUUGUUCAUUGAAAGCCUCUCAUCUUUGCCAUCAACAGACAAAGUCUAUUUCCUGAAAUGGACUCAGAUCUUAAUAGAUGCCCUCUCCACAGACGAUCUCUCUUCAAUUCUCCAAAACUAUGAUGAAAAGUGGACUGAAGUCUUGGCUUUGAAGAAGAAGCAUGACAAAUCUGAUCUGUUAAAAGGAAAGCAAACUGAGCUUGAUGAAAUAUCAACCAAACUACAGUCAGCAACUUUUGGCUUGGAGCACAUCUUUAGAGAAAUGGGACAGAUCUAUGAAGCCCAUGCAUCUCUGCAGAAACAAACAAAGAGGGUACAGACUGACUGGUCUAAAUACCCGGAGCUGGCUGCAGAGCUGAUGAUAUCAGGACACCCAAUGGAGCUGAUGGAUGGUGAUGCAGGUCACGUACCUUUAACAUGGAUCUCUAGCCUUUUAGAUGAAGUCAUCAAGAAACUGGGCGACAAGAGAGUUUUUGUUUUGUCAGUUUUGGGCGUACAGAGCAGUGGAAAAUCAACAAUGCUGAAUGCCAUGUUUGGGUUACAGUUUGCAGUGAGUGCUGGCAGGUGCACCAAGGGGGCCUUCAUGCAGCUGGUCAAAGUGUCAGAGGAGAUCAAGGAAGACUUUCAGUUUGACUACAUCCUAGUGGUGGACACGGAAGGACUGCGUGCUCUUGAGUUGGAAGGUAACGCCACUCUUCAGCAUGACAAUGAACUGGCAACAUUUGUUGUUGGUCUGGGAAACAUGACACUGAUCAACAUCUUUGGAGAGAAUCCAGCUGAGAUGCAAGAUGUUCUGCAGAUUGUUGUUCAGGCUUUCAUGAGGAUGAAGAAAAUCAAACUUUCUCCAAGUUGUGUGUUCGUUCACCAGAAUGUUACAGAUAUUGCAGCUGCAGAGAAAAACAUGGAUGGAAAGAGACGGCUGCAAGAAAAACUGGACAAGAUGGCCUCACUAGCAGCCAAAGAGGAGGUUUGUGAUGCUGGGUGCUUCAGUGACAUCAUUGCAUUUGAUGUGCAGAAAGAUGUGAAAUAUUUUGCCCAGCUAUGGGAGGGAAGUCCACCUAUGGCUCCUCCAAAUCCAGGUUAUAGUGAGAGCGUCCAAGAGCUGAAGACCAUCAUCCUCUCUAAAGCUUCCCAGUCUGCUGGGAUUACUCUCUCACAGUUCAAAAGCAAAAUCCAGGACCUGUGGAAAGCCCUGAUGAACGAACACUUUGUUUUCAGUUUCAAAAACACACUUGAAAUUGCAAUGUACAGAAAACUUGAGAUCCAGUAUGGGAACUGGACCUGGGCCCUGAGGAGCAACAUGUUGACCAUUGAGAAUGGGCUUCAUACCCAAAUUGAAAAUGGAAAACUUGACAAAGUCGAGCUCAAUUAUCUUCAUAAAGAAAUGAACAAAACCUAUGGAGAAAUCACAAAAUCAAUGACAACAUACUUUGAUGAUGACAGAGACAAAGAAAUGUUGGUUCAGUGGCGAGGACGAUUCGAAAGCAAAAUCAAGGAGUUUCAUGAUGAGCAAGUGAGAGCAGUUAAAAGAAGACUGGAUGAAGUUAUCCAGCAGAAGAAUGCUUGUAAAAAGCUAGAUGAUAAGAAGACAGAGUUUGAGAACAAGCUGCUACAAAAGAGCAAAGAGCUCGCUCAUCGGUUAAAGGACAAGGCAAAAGAUGAAGAGGAACUUAAAAAGCACUUCAACUCUGUUUGGAGUGGCUUGGUUCGUGAACUAACUGCAGGCAUAAAACCUAUUGAGGACAUCAACUAUGAAAAAGAUCAGUCAACAAUCCUUCAGGAGAUUGGGUUUGAAUGGCCUCUCAUAGAUGAAUGCGAAAGCAGUGGCAGAUUCAAAAAAAUAUCAGAGGUUGGAGAUUACGUUCAUUAUGUAUCUCUCAGCAAGCACCAAGAUCUGAGUAACACAGAAGAAAAAGGUUUCCUUGACCGUGUUUCAGAAACCAUGACAAAAGCAACAUAUACCUUUAAGGGGUAUUUUCAGAAUGAAGAACAGCAACUGAUCAGAUCCUUCAUUGAUGAUGUUGAAAAACAGUCCCUUGAUGCAAUCAAGAGCAAACCUGUAGCUACAAGAGGCUACAAAUCAACUUUCUUGCAGGAAGUGGCCAACCAUGUGAAAGAAAAGGUGACAGAAUUUGAAUCAAAGAGGAAAUAUGCUCUGAAGAAGAAGUUUACAGUUGAUCUCGUACUGUAUGUGUUUCACAGAGCAGGGAGAUGGCUUACAGAGUCCCACAAGAAAUUCAAAGGGAACAACGAUGCACUCGCUUAUGUAGAAAGCAAGAAAAUGCAAUAUUACAACAUCUUCAGAAGCUUCUGCAAAGGAAACUCGUCUGCUGUUGUGCUUGGAGAACUGAUCUGUGAGAACCUGAAGAGUUCCACUGUUGAGGCCGUCUGUAACAAGACUGCCAUUGAUCUCGCUGGAGAGAUGAGGUGUAGUUUCCCAGCAUUCAGUGGGAACAGGCUGAACUUGGAGAAACACGUGUUGAAGUCGCUCGCAGAGAAAGAGGACUUUGAUGGUUUUAUCACCUACAUUCGACACCCAAGGAGCCAAGCGGAGGAAUUUAUAAGAGAGGAAGUACAGAAAUACAUCUUCACAGACAGCACAGAUAAAGCAUGGAACAUACUCCAGAAAAAUGUUGAAGACAUCAAAAAUCUUGUGAGUCAAGCUUUGUUUGAUGCAACAGAGAAAGUCAAAACCCAGAGAGGAGACCUGGACAUGUGGAUGGAGGAAUUUUCCAGUUUGCUCAAAGAUAAGCUAACAUUCAAAACCAUCUGUUAUGAAAACUUCAGUGACAUAAACAGAUUUGACUUUCUCAAAGAAGAGAUAGAGAAAGGUCUUAAAUCCGACAUGUUGGAAGUGAGCAAACUCUCAUUGGAUAAGAUGAAGGAAUUCAGGAUGAAGCCUGAUCAAAUCCUCAUUGAUCAGCUGUGUAACUGCUGCUGGGUCACAUGCCCAUUCUGUGCAGCUGUUUGUACCAACACACUGGAAGAUCACAGUCCUGAUGACCACAGCGUACCUUUUCAUCGAUCUUCUGCAGCCAAUGGUAUGUACUGGAGAAACACAAAAAAUCUGUCUGUUGAUUUCUGCACAACAAAAGUUGCAAGUGAUAUAGUUUUUUACGUUGGUCAUGAGUCAGAAAAGUCAAUUCCCUUCAAACAGUACCGAACUGCUGGCCCACGUUAUGCUAACUGGAGAAUUACCCCUGAUGAGUCCAAGCUGAAAUAUUGGACAUGGUUUGUGUGUCGAUUUGAGAAGCAACUGGAAGACCACUAUGAGUUAAAAUUCCAGGGCAGAGGAGAAAUUCCCAGCGAGUGGAAAACACACACUAAGGAAGAAGCUAUUCAAAGUCUGGAUGAAAUGUACAAUCUGUGAGUGAGCCAACACAACCACAACCCAGCUAAUGGCUGAUAGUUGUUUUCACGUGGUUAUUCAUUCAUCAGAUUCCUGUAAAACAACAUUCACAGACUUUUGUUAAUUUGAUCAUGGACAGGUGAAUUUGUCUGAGUGAUCCAUGUGGACAGUCAAUGAAUCAUUACAAACUACACGCGAUUAGACAGGCACACAAAAAUUCAACACUUCAAACAAGAGUGCACAAGAAAAAUAUCGACCUGGAGAAUUUAGUCAGUCAUAAAAUCUUUAAUGCAUUAAUAAUCAUUUCAAGUGCAUUGUUUAAUGAGGAUUUCUGUAAAUGAAAAUUAUUUCCAUGAAGGUAAAACAGAGAGAAAAAGAGGACUGAUUAAAUUGUUGCAUUUCUUAUUAAAUCACAAUGUCGAAUUAGAAGUUCUGAAUUUCAAUGAACAUGGAAAGAGUUGUGAGAGGGUGAGAGACAAAUGUUGUCAGAAAUUAUCAAUUUUUGAACUAAUAACUAAUGGAAGACGUAUUUCUUUGUUAACCUGUAUUAUUUCUAAAAAUCAAAUCUAAAAAUCGUGUCGAACAAGAAUUGUAUUUUUGCAUGGUUUAUGUCUUGUUUAUGAAUUGUGUUAAGAUGUUCAUGUGCUUGCAGCUGCUGAAACAUAAUGAAGUACAGUGUAAACAGCUUAUAGUGAUCAUGGUUACAGUGAUCAACCGCUUAUAUAGACUUUACUCCCAUGAUGCUUUGCCUCGCGGUAACCCGUCAGCUUUAGGCUGUCUACUUGAGGCUGGUGCUUUGUGCACAUUAAAGACAUGACAGGAAAAAGAAAGCAAUUUUUCUCUCAAAGAAAAACAUAGUCUCCACGAAGCUUAAAUGACAAACCGCUAAAAACGAGCCAAUGAAACUUGAUGUUCCUCAGGCUACCUUGUGUAGUCUACUCAAACAACGGGAACACAGUCAUGGCUGCCAGAGAUGGAGACAGAAAACAAAUGUGCACGUAAGCAUCUGUGGUUCGAGCCGCGUUUGAAACAGCUGAACUGUAUUUUGAAACAGUCAAUAAAAUUCAUUAAAUAUGUAAUACAUAUACAAAUGUCAAUUAGAUGAUAAUCUGCAUGAGAAAUAAAGAAAAAAAACAGUUCUAAUAAUCAUAUUCUUAUAUUGAUCAGUUUGACAGAUGUGGCCACUUUAAGAGGUUUCCACUGUAUAUGCAUAAUGAAGUAAAACCUAAGAGUGAUUGUUGUGAUACUGUAAUGAUAUCAUGUAAGGAUUAAAGCCUGGAGAUUUAGGCUAGAUAUUAGGCUUCUAUUAAUAAGCAUGUACCUGUUUGUAACAAAGAAUGAUAUUCAAGUAUAAGUUGCAAUGUAACCAAUGUAAAUGUUUUUUGCUUGCCACGACGGUCUCUACAUGUGAAAUUGAAUCAUGUUAAAGAACAUGUCAAACAUAGCUAAUGAAUGAUGCUUUAUGUUUCUGUAUUAUUUGAAGUGUUAAACUGUGUUAUGUUAAUCUCAUUUAAAUCAAUCUGUUAUUAUAGCCACACAAGUGUGAGUUUCAUUGUUUUUAUUUAGAAUCUCACUGAUUCCUUACUAUUACAAUAUCCAUAUGUGAUGUAAACAACGUACUGUAAGUCGUUGAGAAGAAAUCUGUUGAGGUUAAUGUGUCAUGUUAUAAUAAAAAUAACAUAAUAUCUACUGAAAAA